UGUCGUCCUGGGACUGUGAAAGUAGUGAGGGUUUCAUUUGUACAGCAGGUGCUAAGGGUAGCUUCUUCUUUACAGGGUUGAGGAAGAAGGACAUUCCUAACUUCCCAAGUUGGAACAAGAAUUAUGUCCCAUUAAAAGACCUUUUUAAUAAUAAUGGUUAGCUAACACAAAAAUGGCAUUCUAACAUGUUGUAAGUAUAUUAUAGGACAAACAGGUAGUGUUUUUGGACUGGCCUAGGGCUUUGACUGCCUCUUAAUUUUACUUCUGUUAUAUAAAUACAUAUGUCUCAUUCCAAAGCAACUUCUGAAUCCUAGCUUAUAAGCUAGCAUUACCUAUAUUUAUGAAUUAGAGGACAGUUCAGUGAGUUACUACUGAACCUAUGGCUUUUGUUGCCUUAUUCAUUCAUCCAAGCGCUUAUAUAGCCUUAGAAAGAGGAAAACCAUGUUUUUGAGAGUCUAUCUCAAUGUAUCUGUUUUUAAGUGAACCAACUUAUGUUCUUUUCUUCCUUUGGAGACAUUUUCUUAAAUUAUAAUAAUAUUGCCGAAAAUCUGACCCAUUGAAAAGCAUACAUUCAACAGACCUAUAGAAGCAAGUCUAUUCAAGUUAAAAAAGGGGUCCUUUAAUGGUUGUCCAGGCAAUGAAAGACUUUUAUGAGAUCAGGGAGUACUUCUCAUGAAAUGCCUUUCUUUGAAAAUCUCCACUGUCUUUUUCUGUCUUCAUUCUCUGUCCUUUAGAGCAGUGGUCACCCACCUUUUGGUCCUCAUGGACCACCAGUGGUCUGCGGACCACCGGUUGGCAACCGCUGCUUUAGAGCAUUGCUCAUUUAAUGUCUGUGUGCCUCAUAUAUAACAGACACUGAUAGGCCCUGGGGAUAUAAAGUUAAAACAAGACAACAUAAUUUUCUUUAAGUAGUUAUCUAGAAGAGGAGACACAGUUAAACAAAGUGAAAAGAAUUAGGAAAGAGUACACUUAAAAAAAAAAAUCCUGCUUGACACUGAUUUAUGCUUUUGGUUCAGAUUUCUUUCAGAGAACUUAAUCAGUAACAUUUCUGCCUCAUUCCCCAAUUUGAGGUAUUGCCUGCGGUUCAGUUAUCAAUCCUGUUUACUUUCCUCCGGUCUCAUCCACUGUUGUGGUGCUAAAUUCAAGAAAUAGUACAAGGAAUGGGCAGGCACAGACAAUGCCCUAAAUUGUCUUCUGUCCUGAAUUGGAAACUUCCAAGUCCACAUGAAAGGAAAUCUAGGAUUGUGUCACAAUGACUUGGGGGCUGUCAUAAGAUAACCCGGUCACCAUCUUUGGAGUCUGUCAAGCAGGAAUACAGUGGGAUUUAUGCAUUAAAUGAAAGUUUUUUGUUUUUUUAAAGCUUUUGUCUUUUUAAAAAUAUAUAUUUUAUUGAUUUUUCUUUACAGAGAGGAGGGGAGAGGGAUAGAGAGUUAGAAACAUCAAUGAGAGAAACAUCGAUCAGCUGCCUCCUGUACACUCCCUACUGGGGAUGUGCCCGCAACCAAGGUACAUGCCCUUGACUGGAAUCAAACUCGGGACCCCUCAGUCCACAGGCUGACUCUAUCCACUGAGCCAAACCAGUUAGGGCUUAAAUCAGCGGUUCUCAACCUGUGGGUCGCAAUCCCUUUGGCGGUCGAACCACCCUUUCACAGGGGUCGCCUAAGACCAUCCUGCAUAUCAGAUAUUUACAUGACGAUUCAUAACAGUAGCAACAUUACAGUUAUGAAGUAGCAACGAAAAUAAUUUUAUGGUUGGGUCACAACAUGGGGAACUGUAUUUAAAGGGCCAGAAGGUUGAGAACCACUGGCUUAAAUGGACGUUUUUAAUCAAAUAAUUUUAGACAUAAGAUUUUCAGCUGCCUACAGGACAUUUUUAUUUGGAAAUGCCAUAAUUCCCUCAAUGAGCAUAAGAAAUAUAUGAUCUUUUCAUCUCCAACUCCUUUAUCAGUCACAAAAGCCUGUCCAAUUUUGCUUUACAAACAUUGCCACUGUAUUAAUCCAGGCUUUCAUCACCUGAUACCUAGGUCCUAUUAGUCUCCUAAUUUGAGUUCAUGCCUCCAGCCCUCUAUUCUACCUCCCUGAGUGGAUCCAUAUUGCUAGUCUCAAAAUACAAUCUAUAUCUUAUUGCAUCCCUAGCCAUAAUUUUCAAUAACUCCCUAUUAUCUGAGUUGAAUUGGUAUUUCUCAGUCUGUAACCAGCCUACUCCCCCAACUUCUAGCUUCUUUCAUCCUUGCUGAGACAUUACCUAUGGGGCAACUCCAAGGUAUACGCCUGUCUCAUGUCCCGGAAAGCUUCCAGGAAAGGAAGCCCCUGGUUUACAGUACCUGGCUCUCUGCACACCUAUAGUCUUUAUCAACCAGUAGUUUUGGGCACCAGUUGCUGGGCUGCGUGUGUCACAGCUAAUUAUGGCCUCGAUUGCUUUUUGCCUGUUCAAUUAGGUUCUACUGAGGCCGUCUUCUCGACUUAAGUAGGUAAUGAAUUAAGUGUUUUCCCUUUUUAGAGCUGGCUCCAGGCCUCGCUCAAAUUGAAUAUCAGACCUUCCUGGUGGUCGGACCUGACCCCCUGUGGCAGAACUGGGCAAUCAGGCCAGGUGAGGGGGGGGCCAUCACGAGCUAUCGUCCUAUUACAUCCUCUCGGUGGGUCGGCCGGCCGGCUCUCAGCUCCCCGCUUCGCAGCGCGCAUGGGCUGCGUGCCCCGGGCCAGGACUAUUGGCCCUUCACAGCCGCCGUCCGCAGCCGCGGAGCCCCGAAGCCCUUCAGAAGGCCCGCCCGGCUCGCCGCUGACCCCUGACCUGGGCUCCCCCGCAGGAGAUGAGAAGCUGAGCCCAGAAAGACGGAAUAAAGAGCCAGUCAUGCAAAGAUUGAAAGGAAGAGCAUUCAAAUGAGCUGAGGGCCAUGUCAGAUUUCUGCCACCUACCGGUUAGACCAUGAAGCUGAAGGAAAUUGAGAGACCAGCUGUCCAAGCGUGGAGCCCAGCCAGCCAGUACCCUGUGUAUCUGGCCACAGGAACAUCUGCCCAGCAGCUAGAUGCCUCCUUUAGCACAAAUGGCACAUUGGAAAUCUUUGAGGUUGAUUUCAGGGACCUUUCUCUGGACUUGAAACGCAAGGGAGUCCUUUCUGCCUCAAGCAGGUUUCACAAGCUGAUCUGGGGGAGCUUUGGCAAUGGGAACCUGGACGGCACCGGGGUUAUUGCAGGCGGCGGGGACAACGGUAUGCUUACACUAUACAGUGUGACCCACAUCCUAUCUCCAGGAAAGGAGCCUGUGAUUGCCCAGAGACAGAAGCACACGGGGGCUGUCAGAGCCCUUGACUUUAACCCUUUCCAGGGCAACCUGCUGGCCUCAGGGGCGAGUGAUUCUGAAAUCUUCAUUUGGGAUUUGAAUAACCUGAGUGUGCCAAUGACCCCAGGAUCCAAGUCACAGCAGCCCCCGGAAGACAUCAAGGCACUUUCUUGGAACCGGCAAGUUCAACACAUUUUGUCUUCUGCUCACCCCAGCGGCAAGGCAGUUGUAUGGGAUCUCAGGAAGAAUGAACCUAUCAUCAAAGUCAGUGAUCACAGCAGCAGGAUGCACUGCUCAGGCCUGGCCUGGCACCCAGACAUAGCCACUCAGUUGGUGCUAUGCUCAGAAGAUGAUCGUCUCCCAGUGAUUCAGCUGUGGGACUUGCGCUUUGCCUCCUCGCCCCUGAAGGUGCUGGAGAGCCAUAGCAGGGGUAUCUUGUCAGUGUCAUGGAGCCAGGCUGAUGCUGAGCUGCUGCUCAGUAGUGCCAAGGACAACCGGGUCUUGUGCUGGAACCUCGUGAGCAGCGAGGUGGCAUAUAAGCUACCCACACAGAGCAGCUGGUGCUUUGAUGUGCAGUGGUGCCCUCGGAACCCUCCAGUAUUCUCUGUUGCCUCCUUUGACGGCUGGAUCAGUUUGUACUCUGUGAUGGGUAGGAGCUGGGACGUCCAGCAGAUGAGACAGGUUGACAAGAUCUCUUCCUCCUUCAGCAAAGGCCAGCCUCUCCCACCAUUGCAGAUGCCAGAGCAGGUGACCCAAGCAUCAUUGAUACCUCCUCUGAAAAAAACCCCCAAAUGGAUGAGAAGGCCAGCAGGUGUUUCAUUUGCUUUUGGGGGGAAGCUGGUGACUUUUGGCCUUCCCAGCACCCCUGCCCACCAGGUGCCACAGCCCUGCCUUCGCCUAGUCUUCAUCAGUCAAGUCACCACAGAAUCCGAAUUCCUGAUGCGGUCAGCUGAGCUGCAGGAGGCCCUGAGAUCAGGAAACCUCCUCAAUUAUUGUCAGAACAAGAUCCAGCGAGCAUCAGUGCAAAGUGAAAAGAUGCUCUGGCAGUUCCUGAAGGUGACCUUGGAGCAAGACUCCAGAAUGCAAUUUCUAAAGCUAUUAGGAUACAGUAAAGAUGAGCUUCAGAAGAAGGUGGCCUUGUGGUUGAAGAGAGACUCAGGGCUGGGUAAGAGCCCUCAGCCCAAGGGAGAUAACCUCAGCAGUACCAGACAACAGGCCUUCGGCAGCCAGGCCUCCAAACACACCACAGAAGUCUCUGCCUCCUCAGCUUUCUUUGAUGAGCUGGUCCCUCAGAACAUGACUCCAUGGGAGAUCCCCAUCACAGAAGACACAGAUGGACUCCUGAGCCAGGCUCUCCUGCUUGGUGAACUGGGCCCUGCCGUGGAGCUGUGUCUGAAAGAAGAGCGCUUUGCUGAUGCCAUUAUCCUGGCCCAGGCUGGGGGCGCAGAUCUGCUGAAGCAAACACAGGAACGCUACUUGGCCAAGAAGAAAACCAGAAUCUCCUCGCUGCUAGCCUGUGUUGUGCGGAAGAAUUGGAAGGAUAUGGUGUGCUCCUGUAGCCUGCAGAACUGGAGAGAGGCACUGGCUUUGCUGCUGACAUACUCGGGGCCAGAGACAUUCCCUGAGCUCUGUGACAUCUUGGGUACUCGAAUGGAGCAGGAGGGCGACAGGGCACUCACCUCCGAAGCCAGACUCUGUUAUGUGUGCUCAGGGAGUGUGGAGAGGCUGGUGGAGUGCUGGGCAAAAUGCCACCAGGCUUCAUCCCCCAUGGCUCUACAGGACCUGAUGGAGAAGGUAAUGGUUCUGAACAGGAGCUUGGAACGACUGCGGGGUCCUGAUGGGGUGAGCCCAGGCCCUGCCACAACCUACCGGGUCACUCAGUAUGCCAACCUCCUGGCAGCCCAGGGCAACCUGUCCACUGCCAUGAGCUACCUACCCAAUGACUGUGCUCAGCCAUCAAUUCAGCAGCUGAGAGAUCGGCUUUUUCAUGCCCAGGGUGCUGAUGUGUUGGGCCAGCAGUCUCCUCCUUUCCCCUUUCCUCAAGUCAUUGUGGGAGCUACUCCCCACUCUAAAGAAACGUUAUCUUGCAAAUUGGGAUUCCAGCCUUCUCACCAGGUUCCCACUCCAUCUACAAGGCCAAGGAUUUUCACACCCCAGUCAUCACUAGUGACGCCCUUGGCACCUUCCCAUUCUGGCCCUUACCAAGGCUCCAGAAUGCAGAAUAUAAGAGACUACAGGGUACCUGAGCCCCAGGUUGCCCAGCCUUUGCCCCUGGGCCCUGGGGUAAUGCCUGCUUUAUCUCAGCCACAGCUGUUAAGAGGGCAAAGGAUGCAAGCUCCUAACCUCAUGGGAUUCUCCGGAACAUGGCCUCUUCCUGGUCCCCCUCCACCCAUGGCACCCUCAGGCAUCAUGCAGCCUGAUUCCGCCCCCCUGCCUGAGACUGCUCGACUGCUUCCUUUCCUUCCGAUGAGACCACCAGUUCUCAGCCCUGUGAGCUCCCAGCCCCCAGGCCCUCCUGUCAGCUUCCCUGCAGCACACCCUCCAGGAGGACCAGGCGCUCCAUGCUCUAGCACCAUUCAAACCACUGGCAUCUUGACUCCUCACCCAGGACCUCAAGAUUCCUUCGAAAAUGCUCCAGCUCCCAGGGCAAACCUCCAGAGGAGACAGUUGCCAGAGACAUUUAUGUCCACAGCACCAAUUACUGCUCCAGUUAUGAGCCUCACCUCUGAGCCACGAGGGGUCCUUUCCUCACAGCCCCCUGUCCCUGGUGUGGGUCAUGCUCCCCCUGGAGCACCAGGAGAACUCGGCCUGCAGCCACGGCCACCAGAGAAGGUGUUCAGGAAGGAGCUGCCCCCAGAGCAUCAGUCCUUGAAAACCAGCUUUGAGGCACUUCUACAACGUUGCUCCCAGUCUGCCACUGACUUAAAGACAAAACGGAAGCUGGAUGAGGCAGCCCAACGCCUAGAAUGUUUAUAUGAGAAGCUCUGUGAGGGGACACUCUCGCCUCAAGUCCUGGCUGGGCUCCACGAGGUUGCCCGAUGUGUGGACACAGGAAGCUUUGAGCAGGGCCUUGCAGUGCAUGCCCAAGUGGUGGGCUGCAGCCGCUUCAGCGAGGUCUCCAGCUUCAUGCCCACCCUGAAGGCUGUCCUCACCAUUGCUCAUAAGCUGCACGUCUAAGCCAGGCAGCCCCUCUUACCAGGAGGUCACUGCUGCUGUUACUUAACUGUUCUCCCUGCGGAAAAGGGAAUUUCAGAAUAGAUUCUGUUUGUAUUUCCCAGCCCUCAUUCUUGUUGCUGGGUAUAUGAUGCUGUAGGCUUGGCUCCAAACUGGCAGAGUGCCUGCUUUCUUUUCUGUGUGCCUGGCCCUCGAUCUGUCCAAGGCUUGCUCAGCCUCUGAGGCAGAGCAUAGGGCCAAUUCUGUACUUCCCCUAAUACUGUUCUCUGAGGCAGGACGUGGGGCAGGGUAUCUUCUCCCCAGGGAUGUUCUGUUCAAGUGGCUUCUAAGAGGAUGAGCAGGAUCCAAGUCUGCCUCUGCUGUACCCAUCUUUUGGGUCUUCUGUUUUUCUCCUUCUGUGGGUUAUGAGCCUAAUCUUACCUUCUCCUGGCCUCUGACUUCAUAUUCCCAGGUCCGUAUUUCUCUGAGCCCCAGUGGCUGGAGUAGAGUUGACUGUUCAUCCUCUGAACAAGUCAUAGACAUGAGGGAUGGGUACUGAGCAGAACCAAGAGAAGGAAUGUUGGCCCUUUUCUAAAGGAAUAUCUCAUCUGCCAGCAUUAUUCGGGGUGGGUAAGGAUAGGUGGAAGGGGUGCACUGCCUUUUGCUGGGAGCUAUCUUGGCCUUGAGAUAGAAGCAGAGGGACCACCGCCUAUGGGAAAUCGCCCCUCACUUGACCUGUCUGAGCCCUGGUCCAAGGAGGGCUAGACCAUUCAUUCUGUAUGAGCCCAGCUCUGGAAUAGGAGCCAUAUUAACAAAAGCCUCUCUUUUUAGCACUGCUCCUCGAGGGUGGGAGGCCCUCUCUCCCUCAGCCUCCACAUGUCUCAGGGCUGCCUUCUCUGGCUGCACGUCCAUGGUUGGAUGCUGCAUUUGAACCACUGAUGUACUUAAGGUGCAAUAAAGCUGCUUUGAUUUGGUUUCCUCA